GAGGUUGUCUAAUCGUUUCGCGUGAGGGGUGUGUUUUUUUAAGAUACUAAUGUGGCGACUCGAUCGCCGCGGUUGUUUAUAAUUUCCUAUUACUUAGAAGUGGAAAACCCAAAUUAAGCUCGUGUAAUAAUUUGGAUUGGUGUUUAUGAGUUUCGUUCCACGCAAGAUACCGGUCUGCGUUACAUAAUUUCUUCAGGCGAAAGCCGUGUUUAAGUAGAGCUUAGCCACGAGCUGGAACUGGUUUCUUGUUUUGAUCGUUGCUGGAUUUCUGGAAUUUGUGUGCACCUUGAGCCGUUCUCGAGCAGAAGAAGAUUGAUUUGUUUUGAUGUCAUCAGUUGGUUGUGGAUGCGAAAGAUGACAAAGUUUGGCAAAGUUUCACUGGAAUCCGGCUGGUUGUGUCUGGUUUUACUGCUGGCCAGUGGUGAUGUUUUUGUGCGGGGAAGGACAUCUGAUAAGCUGAGAGUUACCCUGCCACAUGGAGGAAGUCUGGUCGGCCGUUACCUGCAUUCUUUCGGUGGACGAGGAAUACUGGCGUUUUUGGGUAUUCCCUACGCUCAACCCCCGGUUGGCGAAUUGAGAUUCAAGGCACCGCUUCCGUUCGGUGGGUGGAGCGGCGAUAGGGCAGCUGUAGCGGAUGCCCCGCUUUGCAUUCAGAGAGAUCCAUAUCGGAGAGAUAUGGAGCUUUCCGGUGUGGAGGAUUGCCUUCAGCUGAAUGUGUAUGUCCCGGAGCGACCGACCAGUGAUGGACCCCUACCCGUGAUGGUAUUCUUCCACGGUGGUGGCUGGCAGUGUGGAUCGGGAACACGAGCUUUCUAUGGGCCGGACUUUUUGCUGGAUCACGAUAUCAUCUAUGUUGGAGCUAAUUUCCGAUUGGGUCCUCUCGGUUUUCUCAGUACCGAACAGGAGGACUGCCCGGGAAAUAACGGACUUAAGGAUCAGAAUCUGGUGUUGCGGUGGAUCCAGGAAAAUGUGGCAUCCUUCGGAGGCAAUCCUAACUCGGUGACAGUCUUUGGCGAGAGCGCUGGUGGUGCCAGUGGGACAUAUCACAUGAUGUCUCCUCUGUCGAAGGGGCUAUUCCAUAGAGUGAUUUCCCAGUCGGGUGUUAAUUUGGAUUCAUGGGCACAGCCGACCCAUCCUGGGGUAGCGAGGCUGCGAUCCAUACAGCUGGGAGAAAUGCUUGGAUGUGAGCAGGGAAAGCAACACAACUUCCGCGAUAUGCUCGGCUGUCUGCGGAAUGUUUCCGCUGAGGAUGUUACCAAGGCGUUCUACGGUUUCUAUAUAUGGGAUACCGAUCCAAUGAUUCCUUUUCCACCAGUGGUUGAGCCUGAUUUGCCAGGGGCGUUUAUCACGAAACAUCCUAGGGAUGAGUACGAACCGCAUGCAAUUUCGUUGCCCUGGAUGACUGGGUUAACGAAGGAUGAAGGAGCAUUGAAGAGUGCCUCCCUUAUCAACGUGCCGGAGCUACGGGCCAGUUUGAACGACAACUGGGACCGGGCGUUGCCAAUUUCGCUGUAUUACGACCAUCACGAGGAUCCCGCCCGGCAGCAGACCAUUACCGAGGCAAUCAACAGCUUCUACUUCGAUGCCCGAAAGCUAACAAAGGAAACGGAGCAGAAUUUAACAAACCUCUACUCGGACGCGUGGUUCCUGGCCGGGAUGGACGAAUAUUUACACAUCCGGUUGGAGGGUGACCAUCGGCGGAAGACACGGCCGGGUCCCACCUAUGUGUACUUAUUCGCACAGCGGACCGCCGCCAGUUUCACCGAGAUUUUCGAGGGUGGAAAGGAAAAUUACUACGGUGUGUGCCACGCCGAGGAGCUUCAGUUCCUGUUCCCCAUCGCGAAGGACCUUUUCGUUACAGCAGUUCCGACCCCGGAAGAGUUGGAGGUCCGAGCGGCUAUUACUAAACUGUGGGUAAACUUCGCCCGCACCGGUAAUCCAACACCCGACGAGGAAUCGUUUGUGCCUAAGUGGCCCCCGGCAAAUGGAUUCCCGUUGACCUAUCUGCGCAUUGGAAGCUCGAAUCCCGGGAGUGAGCCUCUGUUUGCAGUGGAAAGUGGGCUGUUUGAGGACCGCUCCGCUUUCUGGAGGAACCUGAAGGCGCAUCAUCCACAUGGGAAAAGUUUAAAGGACGAACUGUAACGAGCAGCUUCUGGGACGGGUAGUAUUAUUCGCGGUGAAUAAACUUUUUAUUGGUGAUUUGAGA